AUGGGGAUGGACUUCGGGGGAUCUGAUCGGCGGCCGUUUGAAGAGAUCUGGAUCCGCUUGGAAGGGCUGCCGACUGACGCGAGCUACCCGAGUCUGGGCUCGUUCAUCGAGAGGCUUCGAGCGGACCCAACGGUGGAUUUGCCGGGGCGCCCAAGCCUGGUUGAUCUUGUCCGACCGGCAUCCUUCAGCCAGUGGGGAGUGCGUGCGAUCGUUCGACUCGUCCGGCCCGCCGAGCUGGACGAUCAGGAGGCCUGGAUCGCCCGGCUGCUCGAGGCCGUUGGGCGCCUCAAACUGGCCGGCCUUUCGAGUGUUUGUCGAGGCCCUGCUGGCUCCUUGACGCCCGUCGAACCCGUCCUGCUCGCCCCACCAUCCCAUCCACCCUCCUCAUCUCUCCUCCAACCUUUGCCCUUGAAUAUACCCAUCACCUUCGAAGCUUUGAUGUCCAAGAAGAAGAAGAAGAAGAACAACAAACGCCAUCCCAAACGCCAACGCACUCUGGCUCCCUCUGAUCAAAUCCAACACGCCACUCAAUCCCUCGCCAAGCUCAAAACCCGCGAAUCCGACUUCCUCGCCGCCAAGGGUCUCCUCGAAGAACGCUCAAAUCGGCUCUCUCCAUUCCAAAAAUUCGUCAAAAACAUUGUCGUGACUUCCAGCUCUAAUUUAUCUGCCUAG